ACGGAAUGAGGAAAUUGACGAGGGUAAACCAUGUGCAAAACAAAGUUGUCCAUAGCUGAUAAUAACCCUGCAACCUGAUGAGCCGCAGGUCAGUCCACUCAGGUCUCACAGAGGAGCUCGGUCUCAGCACAUCCCGAUGAUGGAAGCAUCCUUCCACAAGCCAUCCGCGGUCCGCCUGCAUCCAGCCAUGUCCUUUGUGCUGCUCACGGUGCUGUCCUCUCUGGUGGUGCAUGAUGCUGAGGCGUGGGGCGCCAGUGUGAAGUACGCGGUGAACUGCCCCGACAUAUGCAGCGCGGAGCGGUGCGGCGGCGGCACGCAGCGGUGCGCACGGACGGUCCUGGACGACUGCGGCUGUUGCCAGGUCUGUGCAGCCGGCAGAGGGGAGCACUGCUACCGCACCGUGUCGGGCAUGCACGGCGUGAAGUGCGGACCAGGAUUAUUCUGCGAGUUUUACAAGGACGAGGACGAUUACGGCGACGAAUAUGGCAUUUGCAAAGACUGCCCAUACGGAACCUAUGGGCUGGAGUGUCGUAAACCAUGCAACUGCAAAGGGGGCAUUUGUGACAGGGAGACAGGAUCUUGUCUCACCCUCACGUUCUUUGCCAAAAUUGCCAGCAAGCUCAGGACCGAGCAAAGAGCAGGAGGUGAGACGGGCUCAGGGGAAGUGAGCUCUGCGCAAAGCACAGACCAGCGCACUGACAGAUCCACUGCUCCAAAGCGGCUCAACCCUCGCUGACAAGAACUCCCAAGACAGUCUGUUCAGCAUCAAUGUAGCGUUAACUUAUAAAUGAACCAAAAAUGAUAUUUUAUUAUGUUAAAUGAUGAUAAAGGAGAAACUUUUCUUACAGCAUUGGUGAGUUUUGUUUGGUUUAUUUGAUCCUUGUUUAGCACCACCAUCUUUUAGUAUGUUGCUUAAAUGAUAUUAUGAUCUCUAUUAUUAUUUUUAUUAUUAUUUGAGAAUUUCCCCAUUUUGGGACAAUAAAGGAAUAUCUUAUCUUAUUAUGGAUUUUCUAGUUAAGGCUUUGAUGUCAUCUGUUGUGCCUUGAUUUUAUGUAUUAUUGCUGCUGAAAUGAAAUUAAGAGCAAGGAUCUUGAUGUUGUCAUUGUUGUUUUUUUUAAACCCUUUCUUUAAGCCGUUUUACUUCUGAACAAUGUUCUGUUUGCCAACAUGGACAAUGAAGACAAUGACAUGUACAGCACACCAGCCCUUGUAAAGAAUGCUCUCAUAAUAAAACCAAAGUUAUCACUGACUCUUGUCAUCCAAUUAC